UUUCUGGGUGGCCUGUGGACAUGAAAAUCUGAGGUCGAAUAAUAUAAACACGGUUCCUGACUCCAUGGUCGAAUCCAUCCAUUUUUAACACUCUGAUUUCUUUAUUAGAAAUGCUACACCCGAAAACCCAAGGUGUUGCGAUAUCUUAAGCUAAGACCCUCACAUUACGUUGUGACAGGGUAUUUCAAACAAGCAAGACGAGUUUGGGAAUUUUUUUCCCGAUUCAAGAUGGCGACCACCACGUGUGACGCGGAUAUCCAAGAAGGAAACGCUCUGUUAUGCGAAAUACAAGUAGAAGAAAGGAAGCGAGGGCCAGAAGACGAUAACGGUGACGUACUUGCCAAAAAAGCGAAGACGGAAUGUGUGAAUGACAAGGAUUUAGCUGCAAAUGGCAUCACAAAUGUAGUUCCCAGAAAAAAGAAAUGUGCUCUUUUGAUCUCCUACUGUGGUGUUGGCUAUGCUGGGAUGCAAAUUAAUCCUGGAGUCCGUACAAUUGAAGAACAGUUGAUAAAUGCCUUACAUCAGGCUGAGGUGAUCACAGAUGAUGCAAAAGAGUGUCUUGGAAAGAUGUCAUUUCAAAGAUGCGCCAGGACAGAUAAAGGAGUGUCGGCAGCCAGACAAGUAGUUUCAUUAAAGAUGGUGCCACUGAAGAGUCUUUUACCAAAGAUAAACAGUUUCCUGCCUCCGGAAAUAAGGAUAUUUGGGAUGAUUAAAACAACCAAGGCAUUUGAUUGCAAACAAAACUGUUCUGCCCGAACAUAUGAGUACCUCACACCCACAUUUGCAUUUGCUAAGGAUUACCAAAGUACUGUUGGCUACAGGAUUACAGCUGAAAAAAUUGAAGAAAUUAACAAGGCAUUAUCUAACUACAAAGGAACAAAGAAUUAUCACAACUUUACUUCAGGAAAAAAAUUUGAGGAUCCUAGUGCCAAUCGGUACAUCAUAAGUUUUAAGUGUGGAAAGCCAUUUGAAAGGAAUGGCAGGGAAUUUGUUGUAUUGACAGUAAAAGGGCAGAGUUUUGUUCUUCAUCAAAUACGUAAAAUGAUCGGGCUGGUUAUUGCUGUAGUACGUGGUGUAGCACCCUCGUCAACAUUUGAUCUGGUUUGGGCCAAAAAGAAGAUUGACAUUCCUAAGGCUCCAGCCCUUGGAUUAGUUUUAGAUACAGUCCAUUUCGAUGCAUACAAUAAAAAAUUUGGUAAUGACGGCCUCCAUGAGCCACUGGAUUGGCAACUCAUAAAUGAGGAAGUGUAUAAGUUCAAGGAGGAUUUCAUCCAUAAGCAUAUAAUCGACACCGAAACCAAAGAGCAUACCAUGAUGCGGUGGCUCAACACGCUUUCUUCGCACACAUACACAGGGGAGGGGAUGGAGGAAAUUGGAAGCACCAAGGGAAGACCACACGUACCCCAAACCAAGGGUGUGGCCGAGGACAAUGUUACACCCCAUGGCACACUAGCAACUAAACAACCAGAGAUCAAGGGGGAGGAUUGCAAGGCUGGAGACCCAGCUGGCAUUGAGCCAGGAAAGGAAAUAAAAAUGAAAGAUGUGUUACAGGAGAAGACUGCAUCGUCACAUCUCGUUGCUGACAGUUGUGUCAAGGCUGAAGACCUGCACCAGGAAGAGUGCAAAAGAUUGGAUGGUGUUUUUAAAGCUGUCAUCAAAACUGAUAAUGGCCACCAUUAGAUAGCUCUAAAUUUUAAUGGCAGCUCUACUUUCAAAAACCACCCUCUUAGGACCAGCAACGCAAGGUGUUCUGACUUUUAUUCGUUUUGCUAACAAAGAUUCUUUAUAAAGUGAUUAAUUUAUGUAUUUUACGUCGUGUAACAUUCAGAUAAAACAAGUGUAUUGUCAUUAAAAUAACUACAUUUGUGA